AUGCGGAUGCGGCGCCCACAAUCGAAUUUCACGAUCCCGACGGCCGCCGUUGCCCAGUUAAAAUCGCCAACGUUGACGCGGGUCGGAGCACUUUUGCACGGCGUCGAGCCCGACGAAAACGGUUUACAAAUAAACUUUAAUGCACGGUUUGAAGAUUUCCCAGAAGAAAGUCUAGGUUGGAUAAGAAGUCCACAUCAUUUUAAUAUCAAUGAAAUAAAAUUAGGAAAUUUAAAAAUAAUCGAAGAACUUAUUGACUUGUCAUCAGACGAAAAUCUACGUAUCAGGUUUCAAGAAAAUGCAUGUGGUACAUUUUGGAUUUCCAUCAAAUCUGAAUAUCCAGAAUUAUCAAAACAAGCAAUAUCAAUUUUACUUCCUUUUGCAUCAACUUAUUUAUGCGAAACAGCAUUUUCAACACCAACGAUAAUUAAAAACAAAUAUCGCUCCAGAUUAAAUGUUGAAGCUGAUUUAAGAGUAGCAGUGUCAAAUAUCAAACCAAACUUAGAAUCAAUCAUGUCAACAAUGCAAGCUCAGGUCUCUCAUUAA